UGCCGCACAUUGCAAGCUGGUCCGGGAGCUGGCGUGAACUCCAUUUCCCAGGAGCCUCUUCGCGCAAUCUCAGUGACGCUCCGCGUCAGGUCAGCGGCUCUCUCAGAACAGACCGUAGAAAGAGAGCGAGAGAGAGAUUCUUAAUGCCGGCUCUCCGGUAACGAGAAUAAGCGAGAAUCCGCCAACUCUAACCCCCCCCUCGACCGACUCAAAACACAGCUCACCCCGACCUCCGCCUCCCCGCUGAAGCCCCGACACCUCCGUAAGCAGACAUGAGCGGCCGGCCCAGGACCAGCUCCUUCGCUGAGCCGCCGGGAGGCGUCGUCGGAGCCGCCGACGGAUCGGCCGCCGCUGGGGGAAGCGGCGCAGGAAAAGCCGGGGCUGCUCAGCAGGCCACGGCAAGCGGCUCCGGGUUUGAGAUCUUCAAACUCAGCAGGGACAGCGGGAAGACCACAAGAGUGGUGGCCACGCCAGGUCAAGGCCCGGACCGCCCACAGGAAGUGUCCUACACGGACAUCAAGGUGAUCGGGAACGGCUCGUUUGGAGUGGUCUACCAGGCACGGCUAGUCGAGUCCGGAGAGAUGGUCGCCAUUAAGAAGGUGCUGCAGGACAAGAGGUUCAAGAACCGAGAGCUGCAGAUCAUGAGAAAACUGGACCACUGUAACAUUGUGAGGUUGCGAUAUUUCUUCUACUCCAGUGGAGAAAAGAAAGAAGAGGUGUACUUGAAUCUGGUCCUGGACUUCGUCCCUGAGACAGUUUACAGAGUGGCUCGCCAUUUCAGCAAAGCCAAACAGACCAUCCCUUUCAUAUAUGUGAAGGUUUAUAUGUACCAGCUGUUCAGGAGUCUAGCCUACAUCCAUUCCCAAGGCGUCUGUCACCGCGACAUCAAACCACAGAAUCUGCUGGUGGACCCGGAGACGGCCAUCCUCAAACUGUGCGACUUUGGCAGCGCGAAGCAGCUGGUGCGAGGCGAGCCCAACGUGUCGUACAUCUGCUCGCGGUAUUACCGCGCUCCCGAGCUCAUCUUCGGAGCCACGGACUACACCUCCAACAUCGACAUCUGGUCAGCGGGCUGCGUGCUGGCCGAGCUCCUGCUGGGCCAGCCCAUCUUCCCGGGGGACAGCGGAGUGGACCAGCUGGUGGAGAUCAUAAAGGUUUUGGGGACCCCAACCAGGGAACAGAUCCGCGAAAUGAACCCCAAUUACACAGAGUUUAAAUUCCCGCAGAUCAAAGCACACCCCUGGACAAAGGUAUUUAAGAAUCGCACCCCCCCGGAAGCCAUCGCGCUCUGCUCUCGUCUGCUGGAGUACACGCCUGUCACACGCCUGUCCCCGCUUGAGGCUUGUGCUCACUCCUUCUUCGACGAGCUCCGGGACCCGGUGACCAGGCUGUCCAACGGGAGGGAACUGCCUCACCUCUUCAACUUCAGCGCAGUCGAGAUGUCGAUCCAGCCUCAGCUGAACUCCGUUCUCAUUCCCCUGCACGCUCGUUCACAGGCUGCCACGCCUUCUUCACACGGCGAGGGCAGUCUAGCCGCAGACAGCAGUCCAGCCCAGUCAAGCAGCAGCACAGGACCUGUCAACAACGCCUCCUGAGUUCAGAGACUCUGACCGCCCUGCUAAUAACCAUAACCUCCAUCGUUCUGCCCGCCCCUCCCACCUCACGAUCCCACACUGCGCGUCACUCCACCGUCUGUCCCUGUCUGUCCCUCCCUCCCUGUCUGUCUGUCUCUCUCACAGACUCGAGUUCUCUCUCCGCCUCCAAAGCAGCCGGCACCUAGGGGGCACUGUGGGCAAACUCGAGAACUUGAAACUGAACCUAAGCAAUCAAAAGAAACUUAGCAUGUUUUUUUUUUUUUUUUCCUAUGUUGGUGUCCUAGUCGUAUUACUAAUAAUGAUAUUGUCGUUAUUGUUGGUGUUGGUAUUGGAAUUUUAUUUUCAAUGUAUAAAGAAAUGUGUUUGUUUUUUUUAUCUUUACAACCAGAGGUAGUUUUAUUUAUUUAUUUUUGUGUUUUUGUUUCAUUUUUUUUGGGGGGGGGGUGGGGAGAGGAGGAGUGGUUUUAAAUAGUCUUGUGUCGGGUCGUAUUUUUUAAUUAUUUUUUUUUUUAAAUGUAAACUGGAAGGAAACUUCUAUUUUUCUUAAUUUGAUUUUUAUUGCAAUUUCGUAAAUUUCAGAAGAAAAACCAGCCCUCUGGUUGUAAAGAUGCGUUGUAUCCCUUUCUGGUUUUAUGUUUUUUUUAACCCGUAACUGGGCAAAGUAACUCUCUUUUAAAAAAGGGAAUCUGCUUUUUAGAAAGAAACUCUGUCGUGAUGAAACGCUGCCUCCUUGUGGUAACGCCAGGGAUUGCAGCCUGUUGAUUCACGCAGUAAUAAAGCCACUUUCUUUUUUAAAAAAUAAUUUUUUUGCACUUCAAAUAGUCUUAUUGUCAAAUCCCCCCUCCCCUUCUUAAAUUGUAGAUAAGAAAAAAUAAAAUUUUAAAUCGUCUUUUUUUUUAAAUAUUCCUUAUUUGUUUAUUUUCUUUUGUGUUUUACAUUCAUUCUGUGAGCUUCAUUAAUAAUAAUAAUAAUAAUAAUAAUAAUAAUAAUAGACUCCCAUUGCAGUGCAGUUUGAGUCAGUCCAGGCUUUACAUGCAUUCUGUGAGCUUCAUUAUAAAACUCGCUUUAAUUCUCUUGAAAUAAUUGAAGCUAGUUUUAUUCAGAGGUGCUCCUCCAGCCUUGUCAGGGGGAGUGUGUUUUGAAGGCACGUCUUCCACGCAUGCAUAUAAACCAUUCUGAAACGCGUCGUCGCUCGCUGAUCCGAACCUGGAACUGCUACCACAGUAACUUCCUUUCAAAGCUUCGUUUGUGUGUGUGUGCGUGUCGUGAGGGAGGGGAACGUCGCUUCUCAAACACACCUGUAGAUUCUCAGCGUCUUGUUCUCUCGAGCUCUAAAGGGCGGUUGACGGUGGCUGUGUAUCUAGCCUCUUGAGCUCCUGAGACUUCCAGUUGUGUAACUAGUCUUGUACCUUAAUUAGUGAGCCACUAGUUCCGCUAACCUGCCGUGUUAAGUUACCUAACCCGUGUCUGCUCUGGUUAGACACAUAACUAGUCCUGCACUGAUUAGUUUAAGCUUCUUGCCUCUGUGGUCUUGAUGCCUAACUAGUUGGGUUAUUGUUGUAAUCGGUUGUCAGUUUUUUAACUAGUUAGCUGUGUAGGUCGUCUUACCAGUUGGUUAAGCGUAUCAGAGCUACUGGUUAGCAGUGUAACUAGAGCUGGUUAGCAGUGUAACUAGUGCUGGUUAGCAGUGUAACUGGUGCUGGUCUCAGUUUCUUGUUCUUGUUGUUUUUGUCUCAAGCCUGUUGCUGACCUGCGUUUGUAAAAAUGAAAAGUUUAAAUAAAGAAAUCAAAUAAUUUAAUAAAAUCCACAAAGACUUGAUGGGGGAAAAAAACGUACGAAAAACCGUCCAGAAUUACUACUGCGUCUUUACUACAAUGCUGUUGUUGUUAUUAUUAUUAUUAUUAUUAUUAUUAUUAUUAUUAUUAUUAUUAUUAUUAUUAUUAUUAGUAGUAUUAUUAUUUUAUUUCUUAAUGAAAAAGAAAUCUUACAAAAAAAAACAUAAAGGCGAACCAAACCCUCCUGAACGAUAACGGGGUUAUUUGUAAAUAUGUUUUUAUUUCUCACUCUCUCUCAUUUUGUUUGUUGUUUGUUUUGGUUCUCGCUGUAUUUUUUUUUUUCUUUGGAUGGAACGUGACGUUUUCACUAAAGUGAUUUCUUUCAGUUCCGAUCGUGUAAAUAUUCUGUUUUGUUACUGUCGUGUUUUUCUGUUUUCUGUGUUCACACCUCCUUCCUGUAUUUCUUAAAAGAAAUAUUUUACCAGUCUCGUAAUCCUCUCACCCGACCUUAGAAACUCUCCAAACUCGCUCUCACCCGACCCCUGACCUUAGAAACUCUCCAAACUCGCUCUCACCCGACCCGACCCCUGACCUUAGAAACUCUCCAAACUCGCUCUCACCCGACCCCUGACCUUAGAAACUCUCCAAACUCGCUCUCACCCGACCCCUGACCUUAGAAACUCUCCAAACUCGUUCUCACCCGACCCCUGACCUUAGAAACUCUCCAAACUCGCUCUCACCCGACCCCUGACCCCUGACCUUAGAAACUCUCCAAACUCGCUCUCACCCGACCCCUGACCUUAGAAACUCUCCAAACUCGCUCUCACCCGACCCCUGACCCCUGACCUUAGAAACUCUCCAAACUCGCUCUCACCCGACCCCUGACCCCUGACCUUAGAAACUCUCCAAACUCGCUGGCAGUGCGUGGGAAAAAAAAAAAACUAGCAUACCUAAUGAAGUAAUAAAGUCUUCAAAUGGGAGGGGGGAUUACAAUUUAGAUUAAGUUUAUUUACAGUGUUACAAGUUUUAAAAAAAUUAAAAAAUUCAGUCAUUUUUCUUAAGUGUUAACAGUGGGCUGCAGUGCCUAAUGCAGCUGUACAGGUGAGCCCCGGGUACAAAUCCUGGGAAGCUCUGGGUUAAGGAUUCUACUGAGAAACCAUCGCGAGCUGAGCGUCCGAGCGCUGGUGACGCAUCCCGCGCGGGAAGCCUUCUUGACGUGGUUUCGUGGUUUUGGGAAUGCGGAAGGAGAGCUCUUUGAAAUCACUUUGAUUAUUCCACUCCCUGAUAGACACCCCACGGAAUCCUGAACCGAAUAAAUAUCUAGCCGUGUGACUCGUCGUUCAGAGACCCUCAGAUCCUCCACGCAUUGCCAGCGAGUUCCGGCUGCUUCAUACAUGCAGCCUGCUGAGUUCUGUUUUUUUAGGUUUCAUUUCACACCCUGUCUGUCUGUCUGUCUGUCUCGCUUUUUCAUAUAGACCCCCCCUCAUCCUCCUUUUCUCUCCUGUUUAUAUGCUGGGCUUGUUAAUUCCGUCGCCGCAGUUGCACCUCCACACCUGCUGGUGGCAGCACUGCCUUUGCUUUGGGGGUCCUCACAGAAGAGGGCUCCUCCUCUGCGGGUGUGUCCACUGGGGAGAAUACUGGGCUGGGUCUCGGGUGACUCCUCCCACACCUUGCUCCACAUAGGAUUGGCUAGCGGUUGGGCAGUUCAGAGAUUUGAUUGGUUCAUCUCGCACGCGCACCACCUUUGCCAGGAUAAGGGGUCCAAGUUGACAUACUUUGCACAUGCUCCCCCUGUGUGUGUGUGUGUGUGUGUGUGUGUACAUAUCUGUGUAGCAGAGAUUUCGAGUAAAGAAAUAAAUCAACUAUGUAAAUUCA